ACAAGUCAAUUCCCCUUUUGAUAAUUAAAAAAACAUCAUAACACACCAUUUAAUAUGUUCAACCGGUUUUUAAUUAAUAUCGUACGGUAAACUUAUUUUGAGAAGUUACCAAUUCACAACACAACCGGUUUUUAAUUAAUAUCGUACGGUAAACUUAUUUUGAGAAGUUAGACUGGAAGGUAUGGGGGCCGGUUAGGACCGGCGCCGGUCCCCCACACCGCCCCCCUCCAUCCCACCCCGGCUAAACCAGCAAGCCCUCGUCGAAGUUGCCGCCCCACAUUUGAAAUAUAUAUCCGUUGUUUAACGGAUAGAAUAAAUAAAAAAAAAAUUCUUUUCAACUUUAAAUAUAUAUCCAUUUCACAUCCAUUUUUAUACCAUUUCACAUCCAUUUCUCCUAAUCUUCUCCUUAUAUCAUCCAUUUUUUUAAAAAAAACACUCUCACUUUUUUUUACCAUCAUGAAUCCAUUCAACCCAAACGAUCCCAACCCGAACAAUCCCAACCCGAACAAUCCCAACCCGAACAAUCCAAACUUUUUUUCUAGUCCCGCUUACACUCCGACUAUGGAUUCUUCGUGGGGGUCUCCACCAUUUACGUUCUCGGGUUUCCAACAAUCACCUAACACCUUCAAUCAAAUGUCCCAACUUCAACAAAUGCAACAAUACCAAGCAUUCCAACAAUUCAUGCAACGCGGCUCGCUUCAACUUGAUCAAUUCCAAUCGCAACCGCCAACUUCCCAACCACAACCCUCGGUUCACCUUGACGAUGAUGAUGAAGUCGUCCCCGAAUCGCCACCAAAAGAACUCAAGCGCAAAAAAAACAGGGGGAUGGGGAAGGCGGUUGAAACCGUACCCGUCACCGAAAAAAAAAGCGGUUCGAGAGCAAAGCCGAGACCGUGGACAAAAGUAGAGGAGGAGGCGCUAGCUAUCUCGUUUAUUAAGGCCUCAACUUGCCCGAUUGUCGGGAACAAUCAAUCGGGUUCUGGUUUUUGGAAGAAAUGUACGGAAAGGUUUAAUACCCUUAUGGGGGAAGGCCCCUACCGUGAUCUCGAAUCCGUAUCGGGCAAGUGGCGGAAAAUGAACAAGUGCGUGAAUGAUUUUAUCGGGAUUUAUAACCCACUUUACAUCCAUCGUCCUAGUGGGACUAGCGACGAGGACGUUCUUAACCUUGCGAUAUCUAAAUGGGAAACAAAAAAUCCGCCUUUCCCGCACCUCCGAGCAUGGAACGUUUUAAAGAAAGACCCUAAAUGGGCGCCGAUUCCAGAUGAGGUCGCAACCGCCAAACGGACUAAAACUUCCGAGUCCGGAAGUUAUAGCGCGGGAGGCUCCACCGCUCGUUGUCAAAUCGACAUAAACGACGAACCGGAUUAUGAGGAACAGGAAUAUCACGAACCGGGUCGUCCCACCGGAAGGGACAAAGCAAAAAAAGAGGCGGCCGCAAAGCGCAAAGGGGCCGGCUCGAGUGGAGGUGGCGGCUCGGGUGGAGGUGGCGGCUCGAAGGCGUCUUCGAAAAUGGACGACUUAAUUUUCCAAUUCCGUUCGUUCCAUGAAUUUGCGGCCGAAAAAUAUAGUCACAAGAAAAACGUGUCGGCCGACUAUGCUCGAGCGGAGGAUUUUAGGAUAAUGAGGUUGGAUCUCGACUCGGUUCCGGAGGAGGAACGAGAGGUGUAUCGAAGGAUGAAAGAAGAGGUGAAGAAAAAGUGGACGUUGUAG